AUGUCUUCAGACAAAUCUAUUGAGAAAAAUACAGAUACGAUCGCCUCUGAAGUUCACGAAGGUGAUAAUCAUUCGAAUAAUUUGGGUUCAAUGGAGGAAGAGAUAAAAUCAACGCCAUCAGACCAAUAUGAAGAGAUAGCUAUAAUUCCAACUGAGCCCCUCCAUUCGGACAAAGAACUAAAUGACAAGCAACAAAGUUUAGGCCAUGAAGCACCCACAAAUGUAUCAAGAGAAGAACCUAUUGGGAUCUCUGGUGAUGAAGACACCCAAAUCACUGAACAAAACGUUAAUGAACAAAGGCAAGAAACGAGAGAACCUAGUUCUGAAAUUGAUUUAAAUGAGCCAUUGGAUGUUGAAAAAGAUGUGACAACGGAUGUGCAAGCCCCAAAUGGGCUGAAUAUUGAAAAAGAAUAUGAUGCAGUCAAAGAGAAUGAGAAGGUUUACGCUGAUACGAAAGAGGUUGUUAGUAGUCCAGAAAAUAGGGAAGUAACUGGAAAAAAUUCUGGAGGUGAGAAAUCAUCCUCGAGUAAAUUUCUCGAUGACGAAUCUGGUACUACGACAGCUGCAAAUGCGAACGACAUUUCUAUAAGUAGUGAAGUAACCCCAGAAAGGUCGUCAGAAAAUGAUAAUAACCAGAUUCAUAUUACCAAUGAGGUAGCCGCAGGAAUAAACUUGAAUGAAAACAAGGAACAAAAAGCUGCUAUAGAAGAUGGGCCCGUAACAGCAGAGAAUCUUUCCUCAGAAACUGCUAGGAAAGUACCACCUAUACCCACACAAAUCAUAAAUGAAAAAGGUGAUAACUCAAGCGAGAACGAGGUUUCCGCAAUUCCCACUACAUCUUCGCCACCAUUACCACCUAGACAAAAUGUUGCGACAUCAACGUCACCAAAAUUACCUCCAAGGGGCAAACAAAGGGAACAACCACCGAAGACGAAGAAUGCUGUUCCACCGCCACUAGAGGAAGAAAUGAAGUCAGAGAAGUUCCGUAAAAACUUCGAAGAAACUAAAAGAAAUAGUUAUCAUCAUGUUCCUCUCACUGGUUCCAAAACUGCGCAAUUAGAGUCCACUGCAGAAAUUAAUUUGAUCGCUAGUCGUUACCGCAAGACCAGUCACCAUUUGAAUAAAGAGGGGGAAGAAACUAGAGAGUCGUUGCAGGAAGGUCAAAGCUUUUUAAAAUCGACAUUUACGUCAUUUCUGGAGAACUUGUCCGAGUAUAACGAAGUGGAGAAUGUUAAUGAAGAAGAUAGAGAAAUGUUUAAAAUUGAUUGGUCCUUCUGGACUCAAGUAGUUAAUGAUUAUGCUACAGUGGCAAGCAACGAACCAGAAAAUUUAGAAGCCCAUGUUACCAAUGGGAUACCACCACAAAUUCGAGGUAUCAUUUGGCAGCUGAUGGCGAAUUCCAAAUCAAGAGAAAUGGAAGAUAUAUAUGAAACUCUAUUGGAUACCGAAUGUCUUCAUGAAGCAACAAUACGUAGAGAUUUAAGGAGAACGAAGUUUGUGGCCGAGGACAAAAUGGAGUCACUAUACAAGGUAAUAAAGGUGUAUUCUGUUUAUGAUCCAGAUGUUGGGUACACGCAAGGCAUGGGGUUCAUUGCAGCGCCGCUAUUAAUAAACUGUGAAAACGAGGCCGAAUCUUUUGGACUACUCGUUGGAUUAAUGAAGAAUUAUGGAUUAAGAGAGCUUUUCUUACCAGGAAUGCCUGGGCUGAUGUUAAUGCUUUAUCAAUUUGAUAGAUUAUUAGAGGAGCAUUCACCUUCUUUGUACAAUCGCUUGAUCCGUGAGGGAAUUAGCUCCACAAUGUACGCUACACAAUGGUUUUUGACAUUUUUCGCAUACAAGUUUCCGUUAGAGUUUGUGUUAAGAAUUUUUGAUAUUGUAUUCGUAGAGGGUAUUGAAGUGCUUUUGAAGUUUGCUGUAAAUUUAAUGUUAAAGAAUGAAGAAACUUUAGUAAAAUUGAGAUUCGAUGAACUAUUGGAUUUUUUAAAGGACGAACUCUUCAAUUACUAUUUAAUGGGAAACCAGGAUGACGCUUCUGUAGUGCAAAUGGGAUUGUCAAAUGGGAACUCAUUUAAGGGCAAUGAUGACGGCACUUUUUCCUACAAUGUCGAUCUUUUCGUUCAUGAUGCAAUGACAGGUGUAUAUAUCACACCAUUAACAUUAAGAAGAUACAGGGGAGAGUACGUAGAAAUCCAUGAAAAAGAGCAAAAAAAAGAGGACCACUACGAAUCACUAAGAAUUCAAAACCACCAACUACAAAGAGAGGCGCAGAAGCUAGAACACGACUAUUCAAUUUUGAACAAAGAGAAUAUCAGCGCCGCUAACGAGCUGAUUCAGAACAGAUUGAAUAUGGAGAUGCUGUUGGAUGAAAAAAACGACCUGAUAAAUACAAUCACUGAUAUCAAAAGCCAAAUUGAGGAAGAGAUUCGCAAGCAAAAUUUACCGAACCCGGACGCGUCACUACCAAAGGCAGAUCUGAGAGAAGACUUGGAAAGGACCAUAUCCAGGAACAAUGAGGUGAUGAGGGAGAACGGCCAAUUAGAGGAAAGAAUCACUGAACUGCAAGCGGAAAUCGAUGAGUUGAUUAACAUCAAUAAGGAGCAAGUGUCCACGGCAUCGUUAUUGGAACGAGAUUCUAAGGCUAAAGGGAGGAAAGGCUGGACUGGUUUUAAAAAAGUUUUUAAAUAG